AUGGAUCCAGCAACACCAAGAGAAGUAGCCGAGCAUUCAGCGCCGGAACUUCCGUCUCCCUCGUCAGACGCAGAAAAGAUCAGAUUAAAACGUUUAGCAAAGCUUCAACAAAAUAGUCCAGACAACUCUGAUGGAACUUCAAAGACUUUUGCGUCGCCUUCUAGUACGGCGUCUGCUCAAUCACUUAGUUCUCCGACUUCGCUCAAAAGUAAAAGUAAACAGCUACAACAACAAAAGGAUAAGGGAAGUUUGGAACCUAUGAAUACUACAUCGGUUUCACCAAAACCAAAACAGCCUGUUAAAUCCUUUGAAGAUUGGCAAAAUGAUGUCAUCUCCAAAAUUCUUCAAAUUACACUUGAUAAAUCAUCGGCCGAAAAAAGUGACUCUCAAUUGAUUUAUCUAUAUUCCCAAGUUGCGGAGUUAAAGGAAGAGGAUCCUGAAAAGACAUCAUUCAAAUUAUCACAAUCCCUUCUUGAAAGUACUCUAGUUGCUCGAUUAUCUAUUAAUCCAGAUCAAAUGAGUGAUGAUGAAGAACAUGUUCAGGCUAUUUCGAAAUUGCCUCGUACACCCAUAUUUGAUUAUUUGCUGGACAGCUGGAAACGAACAGUUGAGAUUAAGAAAAACUUGCUAACACGCGCCUCUAAGACAUUAGAACCUUCAAUUAUUAACGAACGAGUUAAUGUCUUGGAUGCAAUAAAAGAUCUAUUAGUAAACUAUGCUGGAUUAAUUAUUCAAUAUCCUGAUAUGUUCCCACAAGUAAAUAAUCCAAUAAAUUUAGGUCCACAACAGCUCGUUCCAAGACUAUUGGCUGAUGUUAAUACUACUGAAGGAUUACCUUGGGACUUUAUUCAGGAAUUGUCUGCAAAAAUUGAUGAGGAAGGAUUUGAACAAGUUUUUGGACAAGCUUUAAUUAGUUUGUCGGCUCAAAUGCAGAUCAAAUCCCUGGCAGCGAUGAUACCAACACUACGAAGCUGGAAUCCUUCCGAUUUGACUGCCAAAACGCUCGAAGUUAUGUCUCUUUUAGGUCCAUUUUGUCGGUUAUCUGUUUUCCCAUUGGACGAGCCAACUAUAGCAGAAAGCUACUUUAGUAACGUUCAACAAAGAAGUAAAGCUGAUGUGGAUUCUGCUAUGAUAAGUCUGAGAGGUGCUAUACAAGGAGUACAGAAAUCUCUCUUUAAUAUAUUUAAUAAUAUUGUACGUUCUUCACCGUCUUCAAGAGAAGCUGUACUUUCUUAUUUUGCCACAGUUAUUAAAUUGAACGAAAAAAGAGCACAAAUGCAGGUUGAUACUUCGCAAGUAGGAUCCGAUGGGUUUCUAACGAAUCUAAGUUCUAUAUUAUUAACUUUCGCUGAUCCUUUUAUGGGUUAUACUAAGAUCGAUCGUAUCGACGUUAAUUAUUUCCGAAAGUCGAAGCGAAUUGAUAUUAGUCAAGAAACAAAAAUCAAGGCAACUCAACAAGAAUCAGACGCAUACUAUGCUUUGGCAAAUGAGAACGCUAUGCAUCAUUACGGACCAUUGCAAUGUUAUGAUAAUUAUAAUAAUCUGAAUAGAGAUCUUAUGGAAUUACAAAAACAGUAUGAUGGGAUGAGAGCUGAUCAACCAAACUGGGCAGGGACUCCAGCUGCCGCAAUGAAUGAAGUUCUACUAAACCGAUGUAAAGAUCAACUCGACAAAUGGGCUGCGCAUAAAAUAGCGUAUGAUUCUCAAUUGCUAGACCCAGAAUCUUUAUCCCAUUCACUACAGUUUUAUAACUUAGUGAUUAAUUGGGUGUUAAGAAUUGUUGAUCCUACAAGUCAACAUCCUAAAAAACAAAUUAGCUUACCUUUACCGCAAAUCCCUCCAAAUGAAUUUAUUAUGUUACCUGAAUUUAUCAUUGAAGACGUUACCGAAUUUUUCUUGUUCAUUUCCAGAUAUAAUCCCCGAGUAAUUCUUUCUGGCUCGCGUGACGAACUAAUAAUUUUCAUUAUCACUUUUCUUAAAUCUUCGUCAUAUAUUAAGAAUCCAUAUUUGAAAGCAAAGUUUGUAGAAAUCUUGUUCUAUUACACAUCACGAAAUGAAAAUGAAGGUGGUAUGGGGGUUAUAUUAAAUUCACAUCCUAUUUCUUUGGAGCAUUUAAUGUCAUCUUUAAUGACAUUUUAUGUUGGUAAAGAUAAAUUAAGAGAGGAAAGUCGAAAAACAGAAUCCUUUGUAAAAUUUGCUAAUUUAUUAAUGAACGAUGCAACUUAUCUCCUGGAUGAGAGUCUUAAAAAAUUGGUGGAAAUUCGUAAUGUACAAAAUGAAAUGAGUGACACCGCUGAAUGGAAUAGGCAAACUCCACAACAUCGUCAAGAACGCGAAGGUUUGCUUCGUUCUCUUGAACGACAAGCUACAUCUUAUAUGGCUCUCGGGAAUGAAACAGUACACAUGCUUUCAUAUAUGACGUCAGAAGUAGCCGAACCGUUUAUCACACCUCAAAUUGUCGAUCGGUUAGCAGCAAUGUUAGAUUAUAACUUGGAUUCACUUGUUGGUCCAAGAUGCACUGAACUUAAAGUUAGAAAUCCUGAAAAAUAUCGAUUUCAGCCUAGAACUUUAUUACAACAACUGAUAACUGUAUAUUUGAACUUAUGUAAAAGUAAAGAAUUCGUACAAGCAGUUGCUAGAGAUGGUAGAAGUUAUAAGAAAGAAUUAUUUAAAAAGGCGUCAGAAAUCUUGACGAGAUACGGUUUGAAAUUAGAUAGGGAUGUUCAAAUUUUAGAUAAAUUUGUCAAUGAUGUUGAGGAAGUAAUUAAAUUGGAAGCGGCAGACUUCGAAGAGUUGGGAGACAUACCGGACGAAUUUUUGGAUCCGCUUAUGUAUGAAAUAAUGGAAGAUCCUGUUAUUUUACCUGAAUCACGAGUUUCUAUUGAUCGUAAAUCUAUUACGACUCAUCUUUUAAGCGAUGCUACGGAUCCUUUCAACAGAAAACCCUUAACAAUAGAUGAAGUUAUUCCAAACACGGAAUUAAAAGAACGAAUUGAAGCUUUCAAAAGGGAAAAAAGAGAAAAAAGAAAUAUUUGA